GCUGACCCCGAGGAUUCAGCGAAGCAGAGGCUCAGACACUGCCAGGACUCGGCAGCUGGCCCCACAAGGGGAGCUCUGGCUGCCUCUCCCCCCCAGGCUGAGGGUGCAUUGCAAGCAGGGCAGCCUCCUGAACCGCGGGAGCUGUGAGAGGGGAGGCAGCAUGUGAGCGCUGCACCCACAUGACUAAUAUUGGCUUCCUCUCGCAGAGCGGCUGCCUGCCGCUGUGCCUGCUGCAGAGUGACUGAACCUGGGGGAGGGGGAGGGAGGAGGCUGGUCCUGACAGCCACGGAGGAAAGUGGUGAGAAGAAGGAAGAGGAGUGCGAGUGAGAGAGCCAGACUGUGCGGAGAGCAGCCUGGCCCAGCUGUAGCCAGGUGAAGGGCAGAAGAACCGUCGGGGCGGCUUCCCUUCCUCAUGCCCUACCCAUGCAGCCAGGCAGCGUGAUGCUGCUUUUCCUGCUCCGCAAGAUAUUGCUCGUCCCCUGUCCUGUCCAGCAAGCCCCUGGGAAUGAUCUGAGAUGAAGAGAGUGCUGGUGUUCUGGAGAACCAACCUUCCUCUGCAAACUUCAGCCCCACUUAGCUCUGCUUGGACCACGUUAAAUGUUUGUGGAGUUCCUGCCUGGCUCGGUUCAUGUGGUCGUGCAGAUCCAAGGCAGCAUCCCCUAAUGAGUGGAACCGAUGAAUCAGAGACCACGUGCAGGACAGACAGAUUUGAAACUGGCACUGUUCUGAUCGGCAGCCCCAUAUUUCUCCUAGGGCUGGGAGCCCUUCUUGUCUCAACAGCUCCCCCUGCCUCUGUAUUGAACCUUGUGGCCUGGAUCCCAUUAAUCUGGCCUGAUCACUGACAGCAGCUGCUGAUCCCAGAGCUUCUGGGGCAGGAGAGCCCUUAGGGUACACUUGCCUUUGGGGACAGCUUUCGCUCCAUGCCUGACUGACUCAGAGAAUGACAGCAGCAAGUUGGUAUCACUGGGACAUCAGUCGUGUUGUGGCUGAGGAUUUGUUGGCCAAAGCUGGGAAGGAUGGGUGCUUCCUGGUGCGAGACAGCGAGUCCGUGUCAGGAGCAUAUGCCCUUUGCCUGCUGUUCCAGAGACACGUGCACACCUAUAGGAUCCUGCCCGAUGAAGAGGGGCUGCUAUCUGUGCAGACCAUCCAGGGCCUCCAGGCUAAAUGUUUCCGCACCCUGACUGAUUUAAUAGGGGCCUACCAACAGCCUAACAAUGGCCUGGUGAUCCCACUGCUCUACCCCGUGAACAGAGCAAGAGAGCCCGUAGAUGAGGACUCUGAUGGUGAGGACAGCAGAGCUAGCCACACUCCAAGCCUGGUGCCUCACAGCGGGAUCAGUGUGGGCAGUGCCAGUGGGUGGGUUACCACUCAGUCAGACAAGGCGCAGAUAUCUCAGCAGUUGCAGCUGAAGCUGCAGGAACAAGUUGACAGCAGCCCGGACAGCGAAUUCAAGAGAUCGAUGGCCGAGUACCUCAGCCACCACUUACAUCUUGACCUAGAGGCCCUGAGGAAUGGGAACCUGCACCUGCGAUACCUGAGCACAGCCCUAGUGACUGCCUGCCGUGGGCUGCACAGUGAGAUUGACUUCACGCUGGCUGGUUUGGAGACUCUGGCCAAAGUGUUUGACCCUCCGGCUUCCCCUCAGAGCCCCGUAAGAGAGCAGGGUCUCCUGGCCAGUGAUCCAGACCUUGAAUUGCUUCUCGACAAGAUCUCAACUGUCAAGCAUCUGCUCUCCUCUCUAGAGAAAAAGGUGCUGAAGACUCUGCAAGAGACAGUGACCAAGCACAAACUGACGCAGCCACCUGCUGCCAAACCCAUGGCCGUGCAAUCUUUUGAGGUGAAAGUGGGCAAAUCCCAGAGGGCCUCCCUGACAGUGGAUGUGGAGUCUGGGACAAUGACCAUCACAAAGAAGGGCUGCAGCUCUCCAGAGGAGACCAUCUCUCAGGACAAAAUCUUGCAGCUGAUUAAAUACCAGAGCAUGCAGAGCAAAGUGAGGCUGGUGUAUGACAGAGACCAGCACCGAAGCCUGACCAGGGAUUUCAUCUUCCAGAACGCACGGAAACGAGAGGCCUUUUGCCAAUUACUGCAGCUCAUGAAGAUCCAGCAUUCCAACCUGGAUGAGCCAGACCUCAUUUCUGUGUACAUUGGGACGUGGAACAUGGGUAGUGCUCCACCGCCUAGGUCCAUGGCUUCAUGGCUGACAUCAAGGGGGUUGGGACGGACUCAGGAUGAGACUACAGCCUGCAUCCCACAUGACAUCUAUGUUAUUGGCACCCAGGAAAACUCUCUGGGGGACCGCGAAUGGGUGGAGUUCUUGCGAGCCUCUCUGAAGACCUUGAUGUCCGUAGAUUUCCGAGUGGUUGCCUUUCAGUGCCUCUGGAACAUCAAGAUUGUGGUGCUAGUGAAGCCAGAGCAUGAACACCGGAUUAGCCAUGUGAACACGUCGAGUGUGAAAACAGGAAUCGCAAACACACUAGGUAACAAAGGAGCUGUGGGUGUCUCCUUCCUUUUCAAUGGGACGUCGUUUGGGUUUGUGAACUGCCACCUGGCCUCGGGGAGUGAGAAGACACACAGGCGGAAUCAGAACUAUAGUGAUAUUCUGCGCUCUCUGCUCCUGGGUGACAAGAGACUCAGCAGCUUCGACCUCACACUGCGCUUCACCCAUAUCUUCUGGUUUGGAGACCUGAACUACCGCCUUGAUAUGGAGGUCCAGGACAUCUUAGCUCAUGUGAACAAAAAGGAGUUUGAGGCGCUGCUGGCUGUGGACCAGCUCAACCUGGAGCGGGAGAAGAACAAGGUGUUCCUGAGAUUUCGUGAGGGCGACAUCUCCUUCCCCCCUACAUACCGAUUUGAGCGAGGCUCCCGGGACACCUAUGUCUGGCAGAAGUUCAAAACCACAGGGGUGAGAAUCAAUGCUCCCUCGUGGUGCGAUCGCAUCCUGUGGAAGUCACGGCCUGAGACCCACGUGCUCUGCAACUCAUAUGGCUGCACAGAUGACAUUGUGACCAGUGACCAUUCGCCCGUCUUUGCCACGUUUGAGGUGGGAGUGACGUCUCAGUUUGUAUCUAGGAAGGCUCCUGGCUCCAGCCCCGAGUCCCUGGCCUGCAUCGAGUGGGACAGCAUCGAGGUGAUUGUGAAAACAGCCAGCCGCAGCAAGUGCUACAUUGAGUUCCACUCCUACUGCCUGGAAGAGUCUCAGCGGAGUGGGGAGAACAGUUCUCAAAGCAGCGACAUCCCAGGCUUCCUCAAACUCAGCUGGUCAGCGAAACAGCUCCCAGUGGUAAGCACCGUGUGGGGAGGGUGCAUGCAGACUGGCAGACGUGUGCCUGGGCAGAGGCUGGCACAACAAGGGGAGGCGAAUGAGAAGGACAUUCUCUGUUUCUUGCCAGAGUCUCAGCGGAGUGGGGAGAACAGUUCUCAAAGCAGCGACAUCCCAGGCUUCCUCAAACUCAGCUGGUCAGCGAAACAGCUCCCAGUGCUGAUCCCGAUCUUGUCGGACCUGGAGUACCUGCUGGACCAGCACCUGCUCCUGAGCAUCAAGGGCACGGACAGCUGCGAGUCAUAUGGUGAGUGCUGCAUUGCCAUGAGAUCUAUGAUUGGCAGCCUGCCCCAACAGUUCGAGACUUUCCUCUUCCACCGGGGUGAAGAAACAGGCUCCAUGCGUGGCUGGAUGAAGGUUCGAGUCCCCAAGGACAGGCGCAGCACCCGCGAGAGGCUCUAUGAGUGGAUCAGCUUUGAGACUGAAGAGACAGAGUCCGACUCCCCGACCCUCUCCAAGCCAGCUCUGCGCGCUGUCAGGAGCCGGCCCCUCAGCCUCCCAGAAGCAGCCAGCAGUUACACCAAUCCAGCCUAUUUCAUAUUUGAGGGGGUCCCCAAUGCCUGGAUGCAGUGUUCUAGCCUGUCCGAGCCUCCCUACAGUCCGGCCAGUGACACGCAGGCAGACAGGCCCCUGGGCCGCGAUCCAUGCCGCAGGCUCCAGAGCCUGACAGGAGUACAAGCCUGCUCCUCCUCCCAGGAACAGCCACAGAGAAGCCCCCAUUUCUCUGUGCCCGAGACCACCUCCUAUGGGCACCAGCUCAGCCCCUCCCAGAUUGGAAGGCACAGGAGGCCCAAGUCAGCCAUUCUGGCAAGAGACCAGCAGAUGGCCAGUGACUGUUCCCUCACAGCCCUUCAAAUGGCUUGGUGCCUCAGUGAUGUGGACACAGAGUCCCCCAAGACAGGAAGCUGCCUGAGCCCCAGCCAGCAGGAAGGACGGAAGAACCUGCUGCGCCACACCCGCAGUGCGCUGGUGCCACCACCUCAGAGCUACUGGGAGGGAGCAAGGUCCCAGCGGGACACUCCCCGACUCAGCCGUGCCAAAGAGAAAUAUCACUGACCAGGACCUGCUGGAAGCUGGAGUGCUGAGUCCCACGCACAGGAAGCUCAUCCAAACCACGCUCCACGAGAGCAACAGUGGGAGCCUGCAGCCGGACCCCAGUGUGAAACCAAAUCCACGGUGAAUCUGGCAUUCGGGCGCCUCUGUCCUAAUCUCCUCUGGGCAGCUGCCUGGUGCAGUGGGUGGUGAGCUGCGGAAGAUGUUCUGUCCCUGGGUAUGACACAGGGCCAAGAUCUAGGGUCACUGGGCUAAGCCUUUGGAUUGGAAAUGUCCCCCUUGCUGCCUGCCUUUGCAACCUUCACUGGCCUUCUGGUGCCUUCCUAUGGCAGUGGCUGCAGAAAUGCCCUGGGUUGUAUAUCUGUCUGAGGCUCUGCAGAGACCAUUUAGCCUUGUGGUGAAACUGGCCACAACCCCAAACUGUCUAGAUAGGUUCCAGGAGGAGUGACUGGAAAUGUUCCCUCUAAUCUUUUCCAUUCAUGUGCAGAUUUUUUCCAUCCAUGUGUGGAAUAAUUUUUCUAUGUACCCUGAGGUAUGUGCAAAUGUGCACCACCAAUGGAAACAACAACCAAGCUGUGGGUGCCCUGCUAAUCAGCUGGGUGGUGUUUGAAUCUCUCCUGAGUGGCUGCACAAGCACACUGCUUACAGGGAACACUGAUUACAUGGAAUUCAGAGAAGCCAGAACAUAACAGAGGAGACCCUGCUGCUACCGAGAUUCCAGCACUAAUAGAAACUCAUCCUUUUCUUCCUUCCCUCUUUGAGUCACAGAAAGGGCCUGGCUUCUCCUCUGAUGCGCAUGAAUCUGAAUGUAGUCCUGCUCCACUUACCCCCAGCAUGGAGGCAUGAUACAUUCGGAGCCAGGGGAGAUGAGAGCAACAGUCCAUGUGGCCACAUCGCACUGGAGCUUUUUCUUGUUGAGUCUGAUAUAGCUGAUGUGUGUAGGGACUCCACAGCUUGAGCUGGCUGGGCACCUCUCCCAGUCUCUGCCCAAAGAGUGUGGAGCGCUAGCUGUGCAUUGUGCUUUGGUCACAUGGGCUUGAUUUCUCUAGGCUCUGAACUGAACAUCCCACAGCAGACAACAGCAGGGGGCCUCCAAAUGUGUCAGGAGGGAGAACACUCUAGUCUAAUGCACUUAGGUAUGGGCAACAGUUUCUCCCGGUCCAACCUGGUGCCUUUGUAGGAGCUGAAGACUGCCCGAUCUCCUUAGAUGGCAGCAAGGUGUUUGCAGAGCAGCCCAUCCGCCUGUCAUGUGCCUACAAUUCCACUGUGUUGAGCUCCAGUUUCCACAUGGAGUUUUUAUAGGCUCCAUGUUGCUGGUUUCUUGUGAAAUGCACUUUCUGUUUCAUUAACAAUAAAACCACAAAGCUGGGAGGAAGCUCCUCAUCGAGUCCACUUUCUGGU